AUGGAGAAAAAAGUAAUCAGAAUCUGCCUUGCUUCUGAACCUGAUAGAAUUCAUUUUCUACAAGUCAGUUGGGAAAAAACACUUGGAUCUGGCUUUGCUGUUACACUUACUGAUGGCCAGUCAGCAUGGACCGGGACAGUUUCUGAAUCAGCGAUUUCCCAAGAAGCUGAUGACAUGGCAAUGGAAAAAGAAAAAUAUGUUGAUGAACUGAAAAAAGCAUUGGUGUCAGGAGCAGGACCAGCAGAUGCAUACAAGUUUAAUUUUUCUAAAGAGUCUUGUCUUUUUUCCUUUGAGAAAAACCUGAAAGAUGUUUCUUUCAGACUUGGUUCCUUCAACUUAGAGAAAGUCACAAGCCCAGCUGAGGUCAUUAGAAAACUUAUUUGUGACUGCCUGGACACUAUUGUAGAAAACCAAGCCAAAAAUGAGCACCUGCAGAAAGAAAAUGAAAGGCUUCUGAGAGAUUGGAAUGAUGUUCAAGAAAGGUUUGAAAAAUGUGUGAAUGCUAAGGAAAAUUUGGAGACUGAUCUUUAUAAACGAUUUAUUCUGGUGCUGAAUGAGAAGAAAGCAAAGAUCAGAAGCUUACAUAAAUUGUUAAACGAAGUUCAAGAACUAGAAAAGAACAUUGAGCAUGAAAGAGAAACUACAACAGGUUCUGAAAUAUCUGUUAACAGAGAUACAAACUAUGAUGAAAGUACUGAUGAGGAAGAUAAAAACCUGCCUGAUCCUUCAGCGUUAGCUCCAGCUACUAUAAGAAGAGAUGAUUCCAUUCUUUCAAGUCCUGAUGUCACUGAUAUUGCACCAAGUAGAAAGAGGAGGCAGCGGAUGGGAAAAAAUCUCGGGACAGAACCUAAAAUGGCUUCUCAGGAACAUCAAUCCGAAGAAAAGGAAAAGCUUGAUCCUCCACUACCAGAGACUUUGAAAAAGGAGCUCAGCUCAACUGACAACAUGUCGUUAGAGACUCUGAAAAACAGUAGUUCCGGAGACCUCUUUGAUGAGAUUUAA